CAGCCGGAAACAAUAUAAAAGCGAGCCAAUGCUCGGUAGAGUCCAUGACUGAUAUUCUCCACGUUUGUUUUACUUUCCUAUUACCUUCAAUAUGAAGAUCACUCUCUGUGUUGCCGUGAUUGUAGCUUCUCUUGCUGCUGUCGAUGCUCGCCUUGUCCCUCAUGCUGCCGACUUUGCUCUGCAUCCGUCUUCGGCUACACAAACCGCACCGGCUAAAGCACUUUUGAGGGUUCCACUCAAAACCAAUCCUCAUUUUAAGAGAAAUGCCAGAGCUGCAGCCUUGAAAGCCAUGAAUAAAUACAAGAUGUUUCAAUCCGAUUCUUUUCGUAACAAUCUUGCAAGCACGGGUACUGUGAACCUGACUGAUUAUGAAAACGAUCUAUUGUAUUAUGGUGAAAUCACCAUCGGUACUCCAGGUCAAACCGUUAAGUUGGACUUUGAUACAGGCUCUUCUGAUCUUUGGUUUGCAAGUACUCUAUGUGCUCGCUGUAUUAGAAAGUCCAGAUACGACUCCAACAAGUCUUCGACUUAUCAUAAGGAUGGUCGUCCAUGGCAUAUCACUUAUGGCGAUGGUACUUCGUCUUCUGGUAUAUGUGGCACCGACGAUGUCACUAUUGGAGGAUUAACUAUCAAAAACCAAACUAUUGAGAUGGCGAAUAAGAUUUCCUCUGGGUUUAUCACCGAUCCCAGUGACGGAAUUUUGGGUCUUGGUUUUAACAAAAUAGUAACCGUUUCCGGCGUUAAGACCCCAGUGGACAAUAUGAUUUCUCAAGGUUUGAUCUCUGAACCUAUCUUCAGUGUCUUCCUUGGCAAGGGUUCCAAUGGCGGCGGUGGCGAGUACCUCUUUGGCGGAAUCAAUCAUUCCAAGUUCAGAGGCACUCUUGCUACCGUCCCAGUUGAUAACUCGCGUGGAUUCUGGACUGUUGCAGUUGGCUCAGGCUCCGUUGGAAGUUCAACCAUCAGUCAUUUCUCCGGUAUUAUCGACACUGGAUCUACUCUGUUGAUGUUACCUGAUCUUCAAGCUAGCCAGGUUGCCAAAGCUUUGAACGCUAUUGAUAAUGAGGAUGGAACUUACACUAUUUCCUGUAAUGUUGCCGAUUUGCAUGAUCUUAAACUCAAUAUUGGAGGAAACGAUUACAUUGUCCCAGCUGCAGACCUAAUCUUCGAACAGAUAGGGAGAAAUAAGUGCAUGGCCGCAUUCGCAUAUAGCGGAAGUAACAGCGUUGGUAUUUUGGGUGACACUUUUCUCAAGAACAACUACGUUGUAUUCCAACAGGAGGUCCCUCCUUCAGUUCAAAUUGCUGCCAUAUAAUAGAAUAAUGUGAAAUUACGAUGGUAUAGCAAGUUUCUUUUAUUUAUUCCUUCAAUAUCAGAAGGCACAUUACUCUCUCUGGCAAAACUUUAUGAAUAAAGUCCAUAACUUGGAUUUCCAAAGAGCGAGUUAAGCGCCGU